AUGCCGGUCUAUGUCGUCGACGGCAUUCGUUAUCGGGUUCCUCUGACCUCCAUCUUCAGACCCAGGACGCUGUGCAAAGACCUGCUGGCCACUGAUGCGUAUAGGCGAGCUAGGGCUGCUGCAAAGCACAACACGAACUUUUUGCACACUGAAACUGAGAUUGAAGCCUUAUGGACGGGUAUUAUGGGGAGCAGGCCGGGCAACAACGAUGCGUCAAAAUGGAACAGAGACGAUGGUAGGGUGCUUCAUCAGCUUGAGACUCGUGGGAUCUCGAGGGCACAUUUUUUCAGCGCAUUGAGCGACUGCUUCAUUGAAGAGCUGAAAGACCAGUUUAAUCGGAUUCGGGGAGACAGACUUCAGACUAUCAGAAAAGCGGACCGCAGAACUUUCUGGUAUGCGAGCAAUCUGCCGCAUGAUGGUGGAUUAACAAGCCCCGACCAUCUGGUCACAGAUGGCAAAACUGUGCUGGAGUUCGAAGAGAUUGAUUACGAGGGAGAGUACGAUGACUCUCGUCACCAGGACAUCGACCAGGACUGCACCCUGGAGGAUGUGACGCUACUUCGUGAAAUUGCUGCUCAAUGGAAAAGGGACCAGUGGCAGGCCAUCAGUACAAGAUUCAAUGGCGUGACUGGUCGUAAAAUCACCCCUGAACAGGCAAAGUCAGUUCUCGAUAACUACCAAGGGUAA